AUGGCGGCUGGCAUUCAGCUUGGCACUCUUAAGGACUGCUUUGAGUUUCUGUUCUGGUUGCAUAAAGGGCAUGGAAAGCAUAGGCUUCAAGAGGUUUCACAAAAUCUCCACAGGCGUAUUGAAAGCUAUUUUGAUACCUCAUUUGGUACAGUAAAAAACAUUGAAUACGCCUUAAAAGAAUUCGUUGGGAAAGCGUCUGGGAUUUACGAGAGAUUGUGCAAAACCCCAAAGCCGGCCGAUUAUACAGGGAAAAGCGAUAAUGACAUUGCAGAUGCCCUGCUUGAGUGCCACCCUAAAUACUACGCCGCUAUGUACUAUUUGAAUUACUGCAUACAUAAUAGUUUCCGAACGCUGGGCGGCGGGACUUGGGAAAAGAAUUACCUAGGGUACGAUGGAUAUUGGGGCGGAGAACUGCAGAAAUAUCUCAGAGCAACAGUCGACGACCCACAGUAUAGGCAAAUCCCCGGUUUGCUACCCGGGGGGUUCGGUCGCGAAGAGGUGAGAUAUAAUUCCUCUUAUCCGUAUGGCUACUACCAGGGUUCUAAUAUGUAUGUGGACCUUGAAAAGAUUUUGGAAAAAAAUCCCUACAAUUUCUUCCGCAGCGUGUUUGUCAGUUCCGCUGUUGCAUACUCCGGCGUUAAUAAGGAGAACACUGCGAAUGCGCUCUCACUGGUGAGAACCUUCUGCCACAUUGUGGGAAAAGAGCAUUCUCAGGACGGCGGAGAGUUAUUACAGAAAUUGAAUGAAGAUUUAAACAAACGAUUGAGUUCACAAGAUAGAUCCAUCUGCUGGGACGACCUAAAGGCGCAUUGCGCACAACUUGAACAACAAAUUAAGAAAUUGUUCACCAACCAACGCUUUGACUUCACAGGCCAAUCGACGGGUCUUAAAAACCUUAAUAAGAAUGAGCUUGCUACCAGAGCAGCGCAUUGGAUGAGAACGAAUCUAACCACAGUGCGGGGAAAAUUGAAGGAUAUUCAGCAACACAAGCGCGACGAACAUUCUGGUACAUACUUCACUAAAAACCUUUUCCCCUACGGAUUCAUAUUUAAUGGAGACUAUCGCUUUGUAAGGUCGCCACAGGAAGUGAAAGAUGUGAUGAGCGAUUUGUACAGUGCAGCCAGAGAGCUUAGCGAAAAUAAUAAAAGUUUGGAUAGGCUUAGAGAGAUUUUGGAAGGUAAAGUAAGAGAUUCAUGUCUAGAGGAUGAUAGCAAGAAAUCUGAGGGAGCACAGAACCAGGGCAAGAAAAGUGAGGGAGCACAGAACCAGGGCAAGAAAAGUGAGGGAGCACAGAACCAGGGCAAGAAAGCGGAGGGAACUCCACCAGUUCUAAAGUCUGCUACAACGUCUCCCGGUGAUCAAGGAGAUGCAGGCCCGAAAGGGCCUAAAGGUCCAGUUCCUUCAGUGUCCUCUUUGGCUCCGGAUUCACCAGGUGGAAAGCCUCCUGCUCCAGUUGCACCUUCUGGUGAUCAAGGAGGUCAAGGCCCGCAAGGGCCUAAAGGUGAUAAGGGUGAUCGAGGACAGCCAGGGCCUCCUGGUACAGGGUCUCCAGCGUCCCCAACUUCACCAGAUGUAAAGUCUGCUCCAGUACCUCCGCCAUUUCCUAAGCUUACAGUUCGAACAGAUUCACAAGACAGUCAAGUUCAACAACCUGAUACAGCCCCGCCAGUUGCUCCUCCUCCGCCUCUUCUCCCCAGUGCUCCUGUAUCCCCUGCCCUCCCUGCUCAGCCAGGUCCCACGGUUCAGGGUUUACCGGUCGGUGGCGCUUCAGCUCAACAGCCUGCUGUCUCUCAGGAGCCUGUUCUUACUCAGCCUACGAGUGUUUCAGGUUCAAACACUGAUCCCACUGGCGGUCGGGGGAGUCGACAAGAUGGUCAAGAUGUUAGUCAACCAACAAGUAAAGACACCGAUCAGAAUCCAAGCAGCGUCACUACUACGGCGGCUGGUUCAGGUGUAGAGCAACAGUGUUCCGCCAUAUUUACGACUUCUAGCGGCGGUAAAUAUUGUCAGUCCGUUGACCAUAAAAAAAGGGCAGAUGAGUUGCAGAAAAAAUUGAAAGAUGCUGAGCAACAGAAAAAAGAUGAGUCCGCUGCGGAGCUGAAAUAUAAAGAAACCGUUAAGGUCGAGCACCCGCCUAUCCCGGCUUCCGACUACUAUUAUUAUCACCUCCCUAACUAUACUAGAAUUCCAUAUCCGACGCCGACAUCGUCUGCAAGUGGCGAUAAAGAAGUGGCAAUUCUCGAUGGCGUCCCACAGCGUGAUACAUCGGCAGCAAUUCAAGGUUUGAGCAAAAUGGUAGCGGAUGAGCAGGACCGUUGGGACCGGUAUUACGUCCAGCAGGAGCACGAUAAAAUUGAGUUGCAGCGAAGAGCACACAAAGAGCGUGAAGAGUUUCUCCGAACUUCGGCGGCUAGGCUGGCGGCAGCACAGUCAGCUAAACGACAACAAACAUAUGACGACAACAUAAAUCGGUGA